AUGAAGAAGACUCCCAGAGUUGGAGGAAUACCUGCGGGCCCCACCGCGUACAAUGUCCAGUUAUCUGCGACGAAAACGCCGGGAUUUACGCAUGUGGAGGGGUUGAAGCAGGAGAGUGCGGAGAUAGUGUCUGAUUUGUUGAUGUUGAAUAACGCGAAGUACCAUACUUUGUUCAAUGAAGUUGGACUACACAACCACAUGGUCCACCACCUGCUCUCUCUCUGGGCCCUCGGCGCGUCCCCUUCGCAGAUUAAGAGCGCAUACGAUCUCAAUAAGAAAUAUCAACUUCCCCAGUACCACCACUCCGCCUCGCUCUCCCUAAAACUCAAAGACCCAGAAUUCUUCCAGCAGUGUCUGUAUAAGCCAGAGUUCUACAGCAAUUAUCUAGAGUACUUUCAGGAGGAGAUUGCGGAAAGGGGAACGGAGGACGUAGUCCGGGAGUACGUGUUUGCAGGGGAUGCGAGAGCGGACGAUUUGCUAGGUAGAAUGUACUCCGUUGGUUUUGAACACCCCAUCCUCCACCUCGGCUUCGCUCUCGAAUUCGCCCAACCCUGCCUGGUCGCCGAAUCGCUCGCUGCCGCCUCUAUCCACGACGACUGGCCCAUCCCCAUCAUCACGCCCAUUGAGUCGCAUCUCAAAUCCAACCCCAACACCCCUCACUCAUCCAUGUUCAAAGUAAUCCGGGCCUUGCACUCUGACCCCAUAAUCUCCAGCGCCGUCAAACCCUCUGAUCCCGCCAACCGUGUCACAGACGGGCUGAUGAAGCGGGCAGCAAAAGAACUCGUUCCCAUUCUCGCACGAUGGAGGGUUGACCCCACAACCCAGGACAUCGCGGUCAAGACUGCAGAGAUGGCGCAUAUGAGCGUAUACAUGGCUGCGUGUGCGCAGAACCCGAAGAAAGUCCCUGCUAUAGAUUUUUUUAUGAUGCAUAGCGUCAAUCUGAGUGUUUUCUACCCAACGUUUAUGAGGCUAGAGUGGCUGAGCCUGGAGGAGAGAGCGAGGCUUUUGACGUGGAAGGGGUGGAUGGAUGCUGUGCUUUAUGCUGCUUGUGGUUGCCCGGCGUUGUAUCUAGAGAGGGUGCAAGGCUAUAAGGCAAAGCGGCCUGGAGACUGGAGUAGCAUUAUCACACGCGCAGUCACCUACCCGGAUGAUGGGCAUACGAGUAAACUUAUCCGUGCGCUCCUCAACGCGCAGAACCUCUCGUUACCGUAUUUCUCACCUCGCCGACCUGAGUUUCCUCUCAUGAAAGAAGAUUUUUUGAAGAUUGCACAUAUGACCAUGGAUUCUGUCGAGCGAAUGAAUGAUCCGGGAUACAGGAUUCCGGAGGAACAGCAGAAGAUGUAUGUUGAGAAACUAGGUAUGGAUGAAGAGGUUGUUAAGGUUGUGGUGCGUUGGGUUAGGUGGUGUGGUGUUGAGGGAGCUUGGGACAACAUUGAGGAUUUGGAGGAAGGGGAGAGAGCUAAACUGUAG